CCCGGGAACGAAACGCCACCACCACCACUAAUUAGCGCUAGAGACAGCCCGUCUUGGCCUUGAAACACCUAUUAAAUCAGACCACAAAAUUGAAUAAAAUCCAGCAGGAGGAUUCUGCAGCAUGUUAAUCCCAGGAGCAUGCUUGAGAGCUUCAUUAGCAAGGAAAUCUGCAGAGCUCUCUCCAUUCCUUUCCCUAUAGAGAAGGAGGAGGAAAAGAAAGUGAAAAGGUGUUCACCUUAUUUGGAGAAGGCAUUGCUUAAAAGUAAUGGGGAGUUGGUACCUGAUGAGUGGAAAGCAGUUCCUGAUAUUUGGAGAACUUCAGCCGAGAAAUAUGGUGAUAGGGUUGCAUUGGUGGAUCCAUAUCAUGACCCACCUACCAAUUUCACUUAUAAUCAGUUGGAGCAGGAAAUUUUAAAUUUUUCUGAGGGCUUAAGAGUUAUUGGAGUAAAGCCAAAUGAGAAAGUUGCUCUUUUUGCUGAUAAUUCUUGUCGAUGGCUUGUAGCAGAUCAAGGUAUAAUGGCUAUGGGAGCGAUUAAUGUUGCGAGGGGAUCAAGAUCAUCUGUUGAAGAGCUAUUACAAAUAUACAAUCAUUCUGAAAGUGUUGCACUUGUAGUGGACAGUCCUGAAUUGUUCAAUCGAAUUGCAGAAACACUAUGUUCCAAUGCAGUUAUCACAUUUAUCAUUCUACUUUGGGGAGAGAAAUCAAGCUUAGCUAUUUAAGGAAUGGAUGGCAUACCUGUUUUUAAUUACAAACAGAUUGUAAACUUGGGACGAGAGAGCCGUAGAGCUCUGCAUGAUUCAGAUGAUGCUUGGCAACGGUAUGUGUAUGAAACAAUAAGCUCAGAUGAUGUUGCUACAGUCAUUUAUACUAGCGGAACCACAGGAAAUCCAAAAGGAGUCAUGCUUACACAUAAGAAUUUGUUGCACCAGAUAAAUAAUCUAUUGGACGUUUUUCCUGCCGAACCUGGGGAUAGAUUUCUAAGCAUGCUACCUCCUUGGCAUGUGUAUGAGCGGACUUGUGAGUAUUAUAUAAUGACGCUUGGAGUUGAGUAAGUAUACACAAUUGUGAGAAAUUUAAAGGAAGAUCUCAAGCAGUAUCAGCCACAUUACAUGUUCUCUGUUCCUUUAGUAUACGAGACACUGUACAGUGGGAUACAAAAGCAGAUCUCUAGAAGUUCCACUAUUCAUAAGCUUGUUGCACUUACAUUCAUAAGGGUCAGCUUGGCAUACAUGGAGUUCAAGAGAAUUUAUGAGGGGACUUUUUUGACCAGGAUUCAGAAGCAACCAUCAUAUCUCAUUUCACUAUUGGACUGUCUAUGGGCAAGAAUCAUGGCUGCAAUCUUGUUGCCAGUGCAUAUGCUGGCUAAGAAUCUUUUUUACCAUAAAAUUCAUUUAGCUAUUGGAAUAAGCAAGGCUGGCAUAAGUGCUGGUGGCAGUUUACCCAUGCAUGUUGAUAAGUUUUUUGAGGCAAUUGGCGUAAAACUCCAGAAUGGGUAUGGUAUGACGGAGUCAUCUCCAGUUACUGCUGUCCGACGACCUACUUGUAAUGUUCUUGGUUCAAUUGGGCAUCCGAUUCGGCACACAGAGUUUAAAGUGGUAGAUGCUGAAACUGAUGAAGCUCUUCCAGAUGGAUCAAAAGGGAUUGUGAAAGUCAGGGGGCCUCAAGUGAUGAAAGGUUACUAUAAGAAUCCUUGGGCCACAAAGCAAGUAUUAGAUGAGGAAGGUUGGCUAAAUACUGGUGAUAUAGGCUGGAUUGCUCCUCACCACUCAAUUGGGCGAAGCCGCCAAUGUAGUGGUGUUGUUGUCUUGGAGGGACGUGCUAAGGAUACCAUAGUUCUUUCAACAGGUGAAAACAUUGAGCCCUCAGAGAUUGAGGAAGCUGCUAUGAGAAGUGCCCUUAUUCAACAGAUCAUUGUCAUUGGUCAGGACCAACGUCGUCUUGGAGCUAUAAUUGUUCCAAACAAAGAAGAGGUACUUCUAGCUGCAAAAAAAUUGUCCAUUAUAGAUGCCAACACCUCUGAGCUGAAGAAGGAGCAAAUGGCAAGCAUGCUAGAUGAGGAACUUAGGAAUUGGACAUCAAGUUGUUCAUUUAAAGUUGGACCAAUACUCAUUGUGGAUGAGCCUUUUACGAUUGAAAGUGGCUUGAUGACCCCAACCAUGAAAAUCAGAAGGGACAGAGUCAUGGAUCAAUACAGAGAGCAGAUAGCCAAUCUCUACAAGUAGUUCAAUUGAUCAUAUGGGUACAUGAGAUUGAAUAACUAAAUAAAGGGCCUUGGUAUACGGUCACAAGAAAAUAACCUCUUCCCAGGUAAAUUCCUACGUGAAGUGUAGAAUAACUUCUUGAUUUGGUCCUGAAAACUACAUUGACAUGUAGAUUUGUGAUCGGGGCAAUAACAAGCUCCUGAGAGUGAGGAUCGAUUCUAAAAUUUAUAGAUGAGAGAUUGUUGGAUUAAAUCAAACUAGAGAUUUUAUUUACUUUAAUAUAUAUAUAUAUAUACACACACUAUGAGAAUAAUGCUACCCAAAUUGGAUUCCCUGAUAGCUGAUGCCACAUAAAUAAAAAAGAAUCAUUGCAGUAUUAUUUGCUCAA